AUGAAUACUCAAGGCAUUAUUCAAGCCCAAAUAGAUAGAUGCGCUCGCGAAGGUCUUCCUGUAACACCAGUUGACCAAUUUACAUUUACAAUCACAAUUGGAAGCACAACAUACACACUUAAACUUAGUCCAAAGUAUCCACAAGAAGGACCAAAAAUUCUUCGCGGUAAAAACGAGCUCCCAUGUCCAAUUUCUCAAUCCUGGAAUUCUGCAUUUACAAUGUUUGACAUUAUUAACCAUCUUCGUAUCAACGAAGGUUAUGAUACAGCGUAUGCUACACAAAAAUGCAAGCUUGAUGUAGAUGAAGUUAAAGCAGCCGUUAGCAGGGCUGGCAUUAAUCAAGUUUCAACAGCUAGUGGCAGAGAAGCCGUCAUUGUUCAAUGCAAAUCAGUUCGUCAAGCAAAAGAUAAGAUGAAAUCUGUUCAAGAUCGUAAGCGCGCAGCCGAAACCAGAUUAGGUACAAUUUUCAAUGAAUUAUUUGAUCUCAAAGAUGAAGUCGACAAUUUACAAAAGAAUCGCGAGUCAUUGCAAGGCGAAGCCUCCAGAUAUUCAAAGGAUCCACAGCAAAUUAAUGCAGAAUCAAUGAAAGCAAAGGUUAGAUCAUUGAAGGAACAAAAUGAUGUUAUUGAUGCUGAACUUGACUCCCUCAGAACUGCUCUUGCCAGCCAACAAAUUAAGCCAGAGCAAUUCGCUUUAGAUUAUAAGGCAAAGAUGCAAUUGAAAUUAAAGAACAAGAAGCUUAUCGAGAGCUUGAAAUAA